AUGGUGAAGAAAGGGGGAAUGAAGAGGAAGAUCGAGAUAAAGCCGAUCAAGAAGAAGACUUCCCUCGCGCCUACUUGCAACAAACGCCGUGAAGGUCUCUUUAGCAAAGCCGCUCAGCUUUGUCUCCUCUCCGGUGCACAAGUCGCCGUCUUAGCGACUCCUUCUUCUUCCGAAUCCAACGUCUCCUUCUACUCCUUCGGCCACUCCUCCCUCGAUGGCGUUGUCUCUGCUUUUCUCUCGGGACGACGUCCUGUUCCCGUUCCUGAUCCCGACGAUGACAAAGCCAUGAGGGAGGACGUUGGUAUCUGCUUGACUCGUCAGAACCUAGGGUUAGGGUUUUGGUGGAACAACGAGAGGCUUAUCAGAUCGGAGGAUCCGCGAGAGAUUAGUGACGCAAUUGAUUCCAUGUGGACGUUGUUGGGUAAUCUCAAGGAAUUGCGUGCGGAUGAAGCUUCUUUCGUUAAUGAUCACGACGACCUGAAGAACAACGAGAAGAGCGACGGCGCAACUCAAGAGCCGGAUCAAACCCUAAAUCAUCAUCUUCAGUCUACUUCUCCAAUAAUUCGUUGCAUCCCUCCUCCUCUCGAUGAUCAGUCCACUUGUCCAGAUGAUUAUUCUCUCAUACCGGACACGGUCUUCACUGAUGAUCAGAUCCUCCCGCUUUGUGAAAGCUUCUGCGUCACGGACAACAACAACAACAACUCUUUUACUGAAGUAAACUUAGAUUUCGAUCAAGAGCUGGAUAUUGAUCAACUAAUUGAUUUCCAUACUGAUUUUGAAAACUCCCUUGAUAAUUGGUACACUCAUCAGGAGAACCUCGAUCAGUGUUUUCCAUAUAUCAGCUAA